GGUAGGAUACGAGAGGAUCCACUAUUCCCGCUCACAAUUGUACCCCGCUCACAUCCUUCCAGUCACAUUCAGGAUAGGAAGAAAGGCGUGUUACAUUUGUUCUAUUCCAGUCAGUCACCACCUCUGUCUUGCUGGUCCACCCGCAUCCGGCGCUUUCCAUGGCGACUGCUUUUGUGUGCGCCAUCUCUCUUGUUCCUUCGUCUCCCGCCGUGAAAUGCGCUCCAUCACGUCGCGAUAACGGGCUGCUUGGCGGGUCGCUAAGCCACAGCGCCUCGAACUUAAAGCCGCUCAGAGCCUGCAGGCCGCUACUCGCUGGCGGUCGCGUCGCGUCGUCAGGCCGCACCGUCGCAGCGGCCGGCGGCUCGAGCGAGAGGAAAGCUGAUGUCAGCAAGGUGGCGGUGCUCCGGGAGCUGCUGACGUCACCGGGGAUUAAAUGCGCGCCGGCUUGCCACGACGGGCUGAGCGCGCGACUGACGGAGGCCGCCGGCUUCAAGCUGACGUUUAUGAGCGGUUUCGCUGUCUCAGCAACAAGAGCAGGACUGCCAGACACGGGGCUCCUCUCCUAUGGCGAGAUGGCGGAGGCGGGCCGGCUGAUCGCGUCGGCGUGCUCCAUCCCCGUGAUAGGCGACGGCGACACGGGGUACGGCAAUGCAGUGAACGUGCGGCGCACCGUGCGCGGGUACCGGCAGGCGGGCAUGGCGGGGAUCAUCAUCGAGGACCAGGCGUGGCCCAAGGCGUGUGGGCACACGGCGGGGCGCAGGGUGGUGGGGCGGGACGAGGCAGUGAUGCGCAUCCGAGCAGCGGUGGACGAGCGGGACGAGGGCGAGGGGGACAUUGUCAUUGUUGCACGGUCCGAUGCCCGCCAGGCCGUGUCUUUAGACGAGGCUCUGUGGCGGGCAGCAGCGUUUGCGGAUGCGGGGGCGGACAUGGUGUUCAUUGAUGCUCUGGGGUCUGAGAGCGACAUGCGUGCGUUCGUGCGGGCGGUUCCGGACACACCGAAGCUGAUCAACCAGUUGGAAGGGGGGGGGCGCACGCCCAUGCUGUCCCCCCAGCAGCUUGAGGACAUGGGCUUUGCUGUCGCUGUCUACCCUCUCUCACUCGUGGGCGUGUGCACCCGAGCCAUGCAGGACGCCCUGUCCGCCCUUGCCUCGGGUCGACUACCCCGCCCCUCUCUCCUCCCCCCCUUCGAAGAGCUGAAGGAUGCGGUUGGCUUCCCAGAGUACCUCGCUUUGGAAGAAAGGUACAGAGUGGUGGAGGGCGGUGAUGGGAGCAGCAGCAGCAGUGGGAGCAGGAGGAGGGCUGACAGCGAUGCUGCUGCUGCUGCAGCCGCGGCGGCUCGAGUAGCAGCGGAAGCCCAAGCAGAGGAAGCAGCAGCGGCAGCUAGAGUGGCUGCUGCAGACGCAGCGGCUGCUGCUGCAGCGGCAGCUGCUGGGGCCACCUGGCAACAACAGCAGCAGCAGCAGCAGCAACAAACCCAGCAGCAGCAGCAGCCGUUUGAUGUGGUGGAGCCAGUGGUUAUAGAGCCGGACGAAGCAGGAGGCACAGGUGCAGAGGCUUGGAACAACCUCGAGAAGACCCGCAGCAGUGGUAGUGGUGGCAGUGGGUGGGGUAACUGGACAAGAGUGCUGCGAGUGCAAGUGCUAGGCCCCAACAAUAUCGCCAAGCUCGACUUCCGAGUGCCGGCCGGCUUCCUAGGCGGUCUUGCCAACACCGUUCCAGGUCAGUGCAAAGCCGUGGCGGGCAUUGACCUGGCGGGGCUGGUGGAGCGUGCAGCAGCGCGGUCCAAGUCGGAGGGCGGGGAGGACGAGGUGGUGGUGGCGGACUUCAGGGACAAGAGCACGGGCGACCGCGUGCGCAUCCUGCUCGAGUGAUGCGGUGGCUGUGGCAGGGGCUGUUGCAGCGGCUGUGGCUGUGGCUGGUUGGCUGGGGCUGUGGCUGCUGGGGAUGCUGCAGUGCAGGACUGCAGUGGGGAGGACGAGGUGGUGGUGGCGGACCCAGGGACAAGAGCACAGGGGGCCGCGUGCGCAUCCUGCUCGAGUGAUGCGGUGGCCAUGCCUGUGGCUGUGUUAAAUCGCCUCACUACAUCAAGGGGUGAUGAUGGCUAUGGGGGUAAUGGUCAGGAGGAGGACAAGUGUGCAUGAGUGCUUUCGGGGGGGGAGGAUGAGGUGGUGGUGGUGGCGGGCUUCAGUGACGAGCACAGGGGACUGCGUGUGCGCAUCCUGCUCGAGAGAAACUGUGAAAGGGAUGGCUCUUCGUGGCUGUUGGGAAUGCAGGGGGCAGGGGUCAGCAGUGGUUGGGAAACUGCCUGGUUGUUUUUUUACCUACAUACCAUACCUAGGGCUGUGACUGCAGACUGUUGGGAGGGAAACUGGUCCCCUGGCUCUUUAUGGGUCUGCCUGCCUGGCUGUGACUGAGGUGUUCAGUGUGAUGCGAAGUAAUAUAGGGUCCUGUAGAAAGCACCCUCUGCGGUGUUUGUUGGUGGUAGUAGUCAAUAGAACACCCGUUUUGUUUGAUGGCUUGUGUUGUGCUACUGUGAAAAAAACGGUUUGACACAACAUACGAAACCCUGGCAAUGAAUGAAUUGCCACAGGGUAAAGAGCAGACUUUUUUUGUCUGAUUGUCUGAUAUUCAGACUGGUUUUUAGGGGUUUC